GUAAAUAAAAUACAGGGAGUAUUUCAACCGGUAAAUACCAAGCGAAGGCCUAAAAAAAAAAAAUGCCAGCCACAAUGGAAGGCAAAGUAGUAGUAGGAGUAUGUUGAAUAAGUGUGUGUAGUGUGUAGUUGUACGAAGCAGCGUGCAAGCCGAAACUAGCAAAACUGAAAAGACGAAGCGGAGUGAAAAACAUAAGAAGAAAAACAGAAACAAGUGCAAUCUAGUGAAAACAAUAAACGACAAAAAUAAAAGGAAAAUGAUACGCGAUCCACAAAUAAUACAGUAAUAUAAUUGUGGGCGAGACAAAGAGAAAACAAACGCCGGGCAUGUUAAAGCACCAGCUGACGGAGCAACAACAACAACUGCAGGGGGUAGUCGGAAGAGGAGCAGACCGAGGAGGAGCUGGAGCAGUGGGCAGCUGCAUUAAAGAGCAGUAAUAAUAAUGUUGCUGGCAUCAGCUGGGCAAACGGCGCCCUUCACCUACGACUCCAGUGCCACACGGAAAAUCAACAGCAACAACAACAAUAGUGGCAAUACGAGCAGCAGCAGCAACAAUGUUAGCAAUGUCGGUGCAGGCACGAGCACUCCCAAUCAAUCAAUUGGAGGAGCGGGCUCGUUGGCGGCAUGUCCAGCUAGCGCGAGCAGCAUUGCCAGCACUGCGGCCACUGCGAUAAUGAAAACGCUCUCUGUGCGUCUGCAUCGGGGCACCGAAUUCAUCAAGGACACUGUGCAAAAGGCUUUGGUUAUGAAUGGACCAACUCCUGUGUUAGCGUCUCAGUUGGAUAGCAGUUUCAAAAGGAAACUAUUAGGUGCCGGUGGCAUCAUGGGCACCAGUGGUACCUCCAACUCCAACUCCAACACCAGUACCAGUUCCGGUUCCAGCACCAGCAGCAGCAGCAGCAGCAAUCGCCAAUUUGUGCUCAGCCAGCCAUAUGUAUUCCCCACGGCUGACUUUAUGCGGCAGUACACGGUGCCGCCAGGUGUGCUGCAUCGCUCGGCAUCGGCGCGAAAGCGGAAUGCCAGUACAGACAGCUUACUCAUGGAUCUGUGUGUGUUCAAACCCAUUCGGCCCAUGCCCAUAACGCCCAUUAAAAUUAACAAAGCACGCGGCUUCGAACUGAAGCGACCUAAAUUUGUGCCGCCCGCCGCCAAUAUGUAUAGUGAUGUCGACGAUGAUGAUGAUGAGGAAGAACAGGAGCAGGACGAGGAGGAUUUGGUUCGUAAGGAACAGGAGCUUACAUUUAAGCCAAAGCUCAGUACACUGUCAUUGCCACAACAUGCCACCGCAUCCGCUUUUGUGCCACAUGAAGCCAACAGCAGCAGCAGCAAUAGCAACUGCCAGCACGUGAUUGGUGUGACUCCGCAGCGUGGGGCAGCUGGUCGAGCAGGGGCUCGCAGCACAAGCGGUGGCAAGAGCGUUAGCAGCACCAACUUGCUCAACUACUACCGCAAGACACGCAAAGUGAGUUACGUGCGUGGUAAGUCCACAGCAGCAGCGGCAGCACAACAGCAACCGGAGCAAGAGGAUUCGCUAGGUAAAGCCCCGGAAACAGCAAACGCACGGCUUCAGGCCAGCAGCUCGGCGGUUAUAGCAGCGGCAGCUGCCAUUGACGCUGCCCGCCAGGACUCUAGCAACCACCACCACCACAUCAACAAUAAUAACGUCGCUGUCAAGCGCCUGGACAAGAAGACCAACGCCAGCAACAAGUACAUCAAGUACCGCAAGAGUUUACGCAACUAUCAGCAACAGCUGCUCGCCAGAAUUGACGGGACAGCGGAAAAGAUUCCAAGCAAGGAGGAAGAGCAGCUGGAGCAGAACGAGAACAUUUGCGGUAACUUGGAGGACCAGCAACAGCAUCUACAGGCCGAGGCGGAGACCAACAACAUAGAGGUCAACGAGGAAGAGAACACCGCUGCCGCUGCCGCCGCCAUUGACGGUGGUGCGAACAACGGGCUUUUUGAGGCCGCCGGCGGCAACAACUCCGCCGAGGAGCUGGACGAACAAGAACAGGAUCAGGAAGAGGACGACGAUCAAGACCAAGAGGAGGAAGUGGAAGCCGAAGAGGAGGAGGUGGGUUUCUACGAAAUAGUCAACUCAGCGGAUUCAUCAUACGAGGAAGACGCCCAGAUUGUUGCCGAAGAGGACGAACUCAGCGAAGAGGAGGACGUGGACGACGAGGAGGACGACGAUCUUGAGGAGGAUUUCGACGAAGAGGAAGACGAUCUCUCAGAGGGUGAACUCGCUGAGCAUAUUAUUGGUGAACUUGGUGCAACAACAACAGCCGCUGCAGCAGCAGCAACAGGCACUACAACAACAACAACGUCCGGGUAUCAGCGUGCCGCCCCCUCUGGCCAUCACGGGGCGGCGGCACGUGCCACACGCAGCACAAGCGCCGCUGUCGCUGCUGCUGGUGCUGUUGGCAUUGUUGAUUACAGUGUACUGGCCACGCAGCCACAACAACCUCAAACCCAACCCCAGCCCCAAGUCCAAACGCAAGCACAAGCAGCAGCAGCAGCAGGAGUCCCUCACAUGCAGCCGUAUACAACGCAACAGCAACAGCAGCAGCAACAGUCGGUGUCACAUCCGCAACAGCUGCUGCCCGCCCAUCAGUUUGCUGGUGCUCAUUUGUCUUCCUUUGUGACGCCCACUGCGCCAGCAACACAUUUUCAAACAGCAACAUAUUUCACAGCAGCCGCACAGCAGCAACAUCAUCAUCAGCAACACCCACAACACCAUCAGCAACAGCAACAACACCAUCAUCAGCAGCAGCAGCAACGACAGCAGCCGCAUUAUUAUCACAGUUCGUCCGCUGCUGUUGCAGUGCUUAAUCUGCAGCAGCAGCAACAACCACAACAACAACAACAACAACCGCAUCACUAUAACUCCACAGGGUCGCAACAAACACGUGCAGCACCACCGUCUAUUAUUUACCAGCAGCAGCCACGUUACGCAGCAGCAACAUUUGUGCCGCCACCAACACAACAGCAACAGCAGCAGCAUACGGGCUACGUACAGCAGCAACAUUCUUCACUGCGUCGCAGUUCACGUAGCAAAACGGGUUCCUGUGUGAGUUCAGCAGCAGCAGCCGGCCAGCAACAGCAGCAACAUCAUCUGCAGCAACACCAAUUAACAGCAGCAGCAGCUGUUGUUGUUGCUCCCGGCACUGCUGCUGCUGCUGCCACACUCCAGCAACAACAGCCGCCCAAUCAAUAUCAAUACCAUCAGCAAUUGGCCGGUAACACGGUGGUUGUGGCGGUGCGCCAGCAACAGCAGCAGCAACACGUGGCCCUACAGCAGCAGCAACUGCAUCAACAGGCGCUGCAGCAGCAACAUCAACAGCAGCAACAGCAACGUGCAACAAUUGUCCAGCCUGGCUUUCUGUUCAGCUACCGCAGUAAUCACAAUCAGCAGCAUCAGCAACAUUUGCAGCAGCAACAGCAGCAACCGAAAGCAACGCACAGCAGUGCAGCUUCGGAUGCUUUAACAUAUAGUUUGAUGGCACAACAGCAACAACAAGCGCCAAAUGGACCGCCGCAUGCAGGUGGACAGCAACUGACGUCAGGAUCUAACUCGGCCAACCUCAGCAUUGUAGCAGCCGCAUUGAGUGCCGCACGUGGAGACUCUGUUAACGUUAACGUUAACGUUAGCAGCGCAGUGGGCGCCAACAGCAGCAACCCUAGCGGCGGCAGCGGCAACAGUGCCUCGGCCGGCGGUAGCAGCAACAAUGUAACCACAACAACAACAGCUGCAGCAGCAGCAACAACUGCUGCUACUGCCAGCGCUGGACAGUCAGCAGCAACGGGUGUAACAGGUGCCGGAUCAUCAGCCACAACCGGCGCCGCUGCCGCUGUGAAUGCAGCUGCUGCCGCGGCCGCUGCUGCCGCAGCAGCUGCCGCUGACUCGGAGAGCGAUGACAGCGAGGUGGGACGCCUCCAAGCUUUGCUCGAGGCACGAGGUCUGCCGCCGCAUCUGUUUGGAGCGUUGGGACCGCGGAUGACGCACAUUCUUCACCGGACCAUUGGCAACAGCAGCACCUCAAAGGCAAAUCAACUGCUACAGGGUCUGCAGUCGCACGAUGAAUCCCAACAGCUGCAGGCGGCCAUCGAGAUGUGCCAAAUGUUGGUCAUGGGCAACGAGGAUACCCUGGCCGGCUUCCCUGUCAAGCAGGUGGUGCCCGCCCUCAUCCAGCUGCUGCGUAUGGAGCACAAUUUUGAUAUCAUGAACAACGCCUGUCGGGCCCUGGCCUACAUGCUAGAGGCACUGCCUCGCUCCGCUGGAACUGUCGUCGACGCAGUGCCCGUGUUCCUGGAGAAGCUACAGGUCAUCCAGUGCAUGGAUGUAGCUGAACAGAGUCUGACUGCUCUAGAGAUAUUGUCGCGCCGCCACAACAAGGCCAUACUGCAGGCGAAUGGCAUCAGCGCCUGUCUCACCUACCUGGACUUUUUCUCGAUCGUGGCGCAACGCGCUGCUCUCUCGAUCACCGCCAACUGCUGCCAGAACAUGCAUGCCGAGGAGUUCCACUUCGUCUCCGAGAGCUUGCCCCAGCUGGCCCGACUGCUCUCGCAGCAGGACAAGAAGUGCGUGGACAGCGUUUGCACCGCUUUCUGGCGCCUGGUCGAGAGUUUCCCACAUGAUGGCAAACGACUGCAACAGAUUGCCAGUCCCGAUCUCCUCAAGAAUUGCCAGCAACUGCUGGUGGUGACGCCGCCCAUACUGAACACGGGCACCUUCACCAAUGUGGUGCGCAUGCUCAGCCUGAUGUGCGCCGCCUGCCCGGACCUAGCCAUAUCGCUGUUGCGCAACGAUAUAGCCGCCACCUUGCUCUAUCUGCUCACCGGCAACGCUGAGCCGGCGGCGGCCAGUGCUACUCACGUGGAGCUCGUGACACGCCCGCCUCUCGAGCUGCUCGAGCUGACUUGUUUAAUUGGCGAGCUGAUGCCACGCCUGCCGCUAGAUGGCAUCUUUGCCGUGGACGCUCUGCUGGAUCGACCCACGCUCAAUACCCAGGAUCAGGUGCAGUGGCAAUGGCGCGACGAUCGUGGCGCUUGGCACAACUAUUCCACCAUUGACUCCCGCCUGAUUGAGGCGGCCCAUCAAAGCAGCGAGGACGAGAUCAGCCUGAGCACACUGGGACGCACCUACACGGUGGACUUCCAUGCCAUGCAGCAGAUCAACGAGGAUACGGGCACCACCAGACCCGUGCAGCGGAAACUGAAUCCCAACUAUGUGGCACCCGCUGCAGCAGCAGCAGCCGCCGCAGCAGUUGCGUCUGGCCAGGACUUGAGCACAAGUGGUGCGGCUACCACAUCCACGGCAGCAGCAGCAGCAGCUGCUGCUAACAACAACAACAACAACAACAAUACGAGCAGCAACUCCUCAUCGCAUCUGGCGAAGCGUCGCCCCUCGCUGGAUGCUCGCAUCGCUUGUCUGAAGGAGGAGCGCGGCCUGGCUGCCGACUUCAUCAAGCACAUCUUCAACGUGCUGUACGAGGUGUACAGCUCCUCGGCCGGACCCAACGUGCGCUACAAGUGCCUGCGCGCCUUGCUGCGCAUGGUCUACUAUGCGACGCCCGAGCUCCUGAGGCAGGUGCUCAAGUAUCAGCUGGUGUCUAGCCACAUUGCCGGCAUGCUGGGCAGCAACGAUCUGCGCAUUGUGGUCGGCGCCCUGCAGAUGGCCGAGAUUCUGAUGCGUCAGCUGCCGGAUGUCUUUGGCACGCAUUUCCGCCGUGAGGGCGUCAUCUAUCAGUUCACCCAGUUGACCGAUCCCAGCAAUCCCAUUUGCUCUAAUCCUUCGCCCAAACCGUUAAGCACCGCUGCCACGCCCACGACUAAUGCGGGCGGAUCGCAGAGUGCGCCCGCAUCGGCGAACAGCCUGCAGGUGAAUCCCUUCUUCAUGGACAGUGUGAGCGUGGGUUCAGGCUCGACUGGAGGCGGAUCCAGCAGCGCCAAUGCCACGCCCAGCAGCUCCAAGCACCAAUCGUACAGUGUGAAGAGCUUCUCGCAUGCCAUGAACGCGCUCACCGCCAGCGCCAACACAGUGGCCAAGCAGCAACAGCAGCAGCAGCAACAUCAGCAAGCAGCAACUGUUGCUGCUGCAAUGGAUGGCACUGGAGCCAGCUAUAACUAUAGUAGCUCUGCGCCUUGUUCGUCCUCUGGCGUUGCCUCCGUCACAGCCGGUGCAGCGCCGGCUCCUGCUGCCUUCUUUGUGGCCGCCACGGCCACCGGCGAUCCACGACAGUAUCUGAAUUUCCAGCAGCCAGCUGCACCGCUCGAGCUACUGCCCAAUAGCCAGCAGCAACAACUGACGCCCGCACAGAUCAUCUUCAGCAAUCCGGCGAGCGGCGCCAGCUUCCAGCAGCAGACACCACAGCAGCAGCCACAGCAUAUGGGCGUGGCUGUUGCCUCGACCAGUGCGGCAGCAGCUAACACCAAUAGCAGCAGCAGCAACAGUGCCAACAACAACAACAGUAACUCGUCCUCCUCGGCACUGCAACACAAGAUGACGGAUAUGCUGAAGCGCAAGGCGCCGCCCAAGCGCAAAUCCCAGAGCAGCGGACGGGCCAAGUCCAGGCAAGAGGAUGCCGCAGCAGCAGCUGCUGCCACCAAUUCGGCCAGCUCGGCCAUGCACGAGCUGCUCAGCCGUGCGACGAGUCUCGGCAGCAACACAGGUGGCCGCAACACGCCCAGCACAGGAUCGGGCUCGAACAGCGGCUCGGGCAAUUCCAAGUCUCGCUUCAGCGCCGGCAAUACGAAUAAUGGAAGCAGCUCCUCUACCAAAUCCUCAUUUCUGUCCUCGCUCAAUCCGGCACGCUGGGGACGCCAGACGGCGCACAAUUCACAGCAGCAACAGCAAUCCGCAUCGCAUCACGGACUGUCCAAAGAUGGCAGUAACACCACCAACAGCAGCGGCGGCUCCUCGGCUGGAGGCGCAUGCGGCUCCUCAUCUGGACUUUCCUAUUCGGGCAGCGCUUCUGGCGGCAGUAUGAACGCCGCCGCCGUGGCUGCCAGCAUCAGCAAGAGCAUCUCGCAUGCCAAUCUGAUGGCGGCCGCCAAUCGGGAGCGGGCACGCCAAUGGGUGCGAGAGCAGGCCAUUGAUUUCGUCAAACGCUACACGGAGCAGGAAGCACGGCGUAGCAAAGCCCGCGAGAGUGAGGGCGCCAGUGGUGGAGCGGGUGCUGGAGCAAAUGCCGGCUCGAGUGGCGCAGCAAUAGCCGCUUCAACCACAUCGCUGGCCAGCACCACCGUCCUGGAACGUUUAUCGAGCAUUCUGCUCAAGUUGAACGGCAGCUACCACGACUGUUUGGAUGCGCUCCUUGAACUGAAGACCAUACUGCUGGAGAGCGACAUAUCACCGUUUGAGGUGAACCAUUCUGGCCUAAUCAAGGCCAUGCUCAACUACAUGACCAGCGAAACAGGUCUUGUGGAGCGCGACGCUCGUCUGCGUAGCUUUAUGCACGUCUUUGCCGGAUUGCCGUUGGAGCCACUUCUCCAGAAUGUGGGCCAGCUGCCAACGAUAGAACCGCUCGCCUUUGGCGCCUUCGUGGCCAAGCUGAAUGGCUGCGUUACACAGCUCGAACAGUUUCCCGUCAAGGUGCACGAUUUCCAAGCCGGACCCGGCGGACGCACCAACCAGAGCGCACUACGUUUCUUUAACACCCAUCAAUUGAAGUGCAAUCUGCAGCGUCAUCCGAUGUGCACCAAUCUGCGCCAGUGGAAGGGCGGCACCGUCAAGAUCGAUCCUCUAGCCAUGGUGCAAGCCAUCGAACGUUAUUUGGUGGUGCGCGGCUAUGGCGGAAUACGCGCCGAUUCCGAUGAUGACAGCGAGGAGGAUAUGGAUGACAACGUGGCCGCUGUGGUGAUGACCCAGUCUGGCUUCAAGCACAAGCUGCAAUUCCUCAUCGGCGAGCAUGUGCUGCCCUACAAUAUGACCGUCUACCAGGCGGUCAAGCAAUUCUCUCCGCUAGUCAACGAGCAGCACGAGACGGACAAUGAGUCCGAGAUGCUGCUAGGCAAUAGCAGCAUUUGGGUGCAGCAGCACACCAUCUUCUAUCGCCCCGUCGAGGAGGAACUCGCUGGCGGAUCUGGCCCCAACAGCUCCUGCAGUAGUAGCAGCAGCACUCAGGCCCACAAGCAAAAUUUGACACAAAGCACCAGCAGCGGCAGCAGUACCAGCCAUGCUACGUCCAGUGGAACACUUAUGCUCGCCACAUCGUGCUCCACCUCCACCUCGUCUAACUCGGCAGCCAGCUCCAGCACUGGCGGCAAGAAAUCCCACAAAUCCAGCAGCAAAUUUAUGCGCAAGAAGACCGAACUGUGGCACGAGGGCAUUGCCCCGCCGGUGGUGUCACCAUUGAAGCCAUUCCUGUGCAGCAGCCUGCCCGCUGAUGUGGUCACUGUGCAGGAUGCCUCGCUGGAUGCUCUGUGCAUGUUGCGUGUUAUUUAUGCUCUGAAUCGACACUGGGAGUACCUCUAUGGCUGUGUGGUGCGCCAGAAUAUCAUUGCCAAUACUGAGUUUGUGCAUCCAAAGAUUACGGCCAAGGCGAAUCGUCAGCUGCAGGAUCCGCUGGUUAUCAUGACGGGCAAUCUGCCACAAUGGUUGCCUCAGAUUGGCAUGUCCUGCCCCUUCCUCUUCCCCUUCGAGACACGUCACUUGCUUUUCUAUGCCACUAGCUUUGAUCGGGAUCGGGCACUGCAGCGCCUGUUGGACACAACACCGGACCUGAACUCGGCCGAGUCGUCGGAACGUGUGGCACCACGUCUUGAUAGACGCAAGCGAGCCAUCUCACGUGCCGAGCUGCUCAAGCAGGCCGAGCACAUACUCCAGGACUUUGGUAACUCCAAGGCCCUGCUGGAGAUUCAAUACGAGAAUGAGGUCGGCACCGGUCUGGGACCCACUCUGGAGUUCUAUGCCCUGGUAUCGGCGGAGCUGCAGCGAACGGAUCUGGGCCUGUGGAAUGGCAGCGAUAGCUAUCGCCAAAAUUCAUCCAAUAUUGCAGACGUGGUCAAGUCCAGCAACGCUGUGGUGCACAUUGAGGACACAGUGGAGUCCAAUAGCGAGGCGGUUGCAAUGUCCACUGUCGUGACAGCUGCCGCCACCCAACCAACGAACACACAUCUGACCCGCAGCAACAGUCGCAGCAAUGCGCUGCGAAACCAGCAGGCACAGGCCCAGGCCCAGGCCCAGUCGCUGGCGGAGCACAGCUCCUCCAGCUCGAAUGACAACGCUUUAAACAUGAUUAUUGCACAGCAGUUUAGUGAUAUGGCAGCCACUGAAGGUGGCGCCAACAAUUCCCCCCAAGUGCUGGAAGAACAGACGAUAACGACAACCACAGCAGCCGGAACAGUCACUGCUACAACAGCAACCGUUCAAACGGGAUCCACUGUUAGCUACGUCCAUGCCGCACACGGCCUGUUUCCUCUGCCUCUGGGCAAAUCCUCCAAGCUGCCACAGAUGACCAAGGCCAAGUCCAAGUUUAAAUUCCUGGGCAAGUUCAUGGCGAAGGCCGUAAUGGACAGUCGCAUGAUCGAUUUGCCAUUCUCGCUGCCCUUCUAUCGCUGGUUGAUCAACGAGGAGCUAUCAAUUGGACUGGCCGAUUUGAAGCGGGUCGCGCCCGAGGUGCAAAGCACAUUGGUGCGUCUGCAGGAUGUGGUGCGACAGCGCGAGGAUAUCCAAAUGGAUGCCAAUCUGGAUGCCAUGGAGAAGAAAGAGAAGAUGGAGCAACUGGAUUUGGAUGGCUGUCCCAUUGCUGAUUUGGGACUAGAUUUUGUAUUGCCCGGACAUGCCAACAUUGAGCUCUGCCGUGGCGGACGUGACACGCCCGUCACUGUGCACAACUUGCAUCAAUACAUCUCGCUGGUCACCUACUGGUUCCUUGUCGAAGGCGUGCAGAAACAGUUCGAGGCGCUGCGUGAGGGCUUUGAUUCCAUAUUUCCCAUACAACGACUGCGCAUGUUUUAUCCGGAGGAGCUGGAGUGCGUGUUUUGCGGGUCUGGCAGCGAACAGCAUCAGAGCUGGGAUCUCAAAAUGCUGCAGGACAGCUGCCGCACCGAUCAUGGCUUCCAUCAGGAAUCUCAGGCCAUACAAUUUCUGUACGAGAUUCUCGUCUCGUACAAUCGUGAUGAGCAGCGUGCGUUCCUUCAAUUUGUCACCGGAUCGCCACGUCUGCCAACUGGCGGCUUCAAGUCGCUGACUCCGCCGCUGACCAUUGUGCGCAAGACCUUGGACGGUAACCAGAAUCCCAAUGAUUAUCUACCAUCUGUGAUGACCUGUGUCAACUAUCUCAAGUUGCCCGACUACUCGAGUCGUGAUGUGAUGCGGCAGAAGCUGAAAGUGGCUGCCAACGAGGGCAGCAUGUCCUUCCAUCUGUCUUAAGAAGAACAACAAAUUAGAAACAUGAAGAGCUAAUA